UCAUGCUUGGGAGGAGGUAGCACGCAUCAAUGGAAUUAUGUUGGAGAAUUAGAUUCAGAAUUCAUUGUCAGUGUAACUUCGGAUAUUAAAUUUUCCUGCUUUAUAUGCAAUUUGGCUACUAAACAUAAAUUAAUAAUAUUGUCUUCUUUUUUGUAUUUGUAUUAGUACUAUAAAUUCCUUUUCGUUUGCUUUUUUUCACGUAAAAGAUGAUGAAUCCAUGCGCUUGGCCAAAAGGAAAAGCGAUUUCUUAGUUCUCAAUAAACGAAUUUCAAACUCAGCUCAUUGUUUGUGGAUACAUAUUCUCUCUUAUGCUUGCUGCCAAUGCAAGCCAUCCAACCAUUCCACUCUAUUAAAAUCAAAAUAAUCAAUUGUCAAUGCUGAGUGAGUAACAAAUCAGACAAGUGAGUACGUAAUACCUAGAUAAUAAAUAUAAUUUUUUUUUUUUUUUUCUUUUAAUAACACACAAUUAAGGAAGGUUUGUACUUUCUUUUUUAGGGGAGGGGAGCACAAGAACCAAUAAAUGUAAUGUGCUUUACUUUUAACCUUUUCCAUUUAAUAAUUACACGUUUUCUUUAAAAUGAAUCAAGACACUAAGGUUGAAGAUCACUUAGCUCCUUCUGUAUAUGACUGCUCAGUUGAUCCUUCUGUUUUGCAAGAUUUGAAGGAGAUAGCAUCAUUGAUUGAGAGUGGAGCAUAUACAAGUGAAGUGAGGAAGAUAUACAGGGCUAUGAGAUCGACCAUGAAACUCAGGAGCAAACUAAAGGCUUCAGUACUCUCUGCUUUCCUGAACUAUGCUCUUGCCCCUGGUUCUGAGGUCCAUGCACGCCUAUCUUCGUACCUGCUUCAGGAUAGGCAUGAUGACUCCCAAGUUGAUGUGGAAAUUCCUGCAACAGAUGCCAAAUAUCUGGUGCCUGAACUCGAAAUCUAUUGCUGCUUGCUUGUUCUAGUAUUUCUGAUUGAUCAGAAGAAAUACAAUGAGGCUAAGGCUUGUUCCUCUGAAAGCAUUGUUCGUCUAAAAAGUAUGAAUAGUAUAACUGCUGAUGUUCUUGCAUCAAGACUUUACUUCUACCACUCUUUAAGUUACGAACUUGCUGAUGAUCUUGCUGAAAUCCGAAGUAACUUGCUUGCUUUGUACCGGAGUGCAACAGUACGCCAUAAUAAGUUGAGUCAGGAGACACUUCUUAAUCUGUUACUUCGAAAUUAUCUUCGCUACAACUUGUAUGAUCAAGCAGAAAAAUUUCGUUCAAAGGCCCAGCAAGCCGAAGCUCUUUCUAACCAACAGUUUUGUAGAUACCUCUUCUAUCAGGGAAAGAUAAAGACAAUUCAGUUGGAGUAUACAGAUGCCAAAGAUUGUCUUCUUCAAGCUGCCCGGAAAGGUCCAACAACUGCUGUUGGUUUCCAAAUACAAUGCAAUAAGUGGGCUAUUAUAGUCCAUUUAUUGCUUGGAGAGAUCCCAGAGAGGACUGUUUUUACACAGAGAAGAAUGGAGAAAGCAUUGAGACCAUACUUUGAGCUGACAUAUGCUAUUCGUGUCGGAGAUCUAGAGUUAUUUAGAACAGUAGCUGAGAAAUUUUCCAGCACAUUCAGCCAAGACAGAACAAGUAACUUGAUUAUCAGACUCAGGCAUAAUGUCAUUAGGACAGGGCUCCGGAACAUCAGCGUCUCGUACUCUCGUAUUUCACUGGCUGACAUUGCCAAGAAACUAAACAUGGAUUCUGAUAAUCCAGUUGGUGAUGCUGAGUACAUUGUAGCCAAAGCAAUUCGAGAUGGUGCUAUUGAUGCCACAUUGGACCAUGCCAAUGGAUGGUUGGUAUCAAAGGCAACUGCAGAUGUUUACUCCACAAAUGAGCCUCAAAUUGCUUUCGACUCAAGAAUUGUCUUCUGCCUUACUAUGCACAAUGAGGCUCUUCGUGCUCUUCGAUUUCCACAAGAUUUGAGAAACAAAGAAAGUGUAGCAACGUAGACAAAGGCUUUUAAUAGAAUCAAACUCUUGUAAAUUAUCAUUUGAAUUUAAGUCACAUAUACUGACAAUGUACUACGGUAUCAAUGCAAUUUAACUAGA